AUGAUAAUAAUAAUAAUAAUAUAUAAUGAUAGUAGUAGUGAUAGUGAUAGUGAUAGUGUUGGUGGUGGUGGUGGUGCUGCUGCUGCUACUGCUGGUGUUGGAGAUAAUGAUAGUGAUGGUAAUAGUGAUAGUGAUAGUGAUAGCAGUGGUGAUGGUAACGGCGAUGAUGAUAGUGAUGGUCCAACAACAGCACAAUCAUCAACGAUGACGACCAACUAUUACUGCUAG